ACUCUCCCAAUUUUUUUUGUUUGUGAUCUCUUUCUUCCCCCUCACUGCCUUCGCGCAUCACUUCUCCUCUUCCCUCAUAAAAAACGACGACCCCUGUAAUCCUCGUCCCUCCUCUUUUUGAUACUCAGAAGGCUAACAGAAGAGCUCCUUAAGAUCUACUCGGCUUCAAUCUGCACUCACUAUCUCCCACCGCCAUUCCAUGUCAGAUUCGUCUGCUUAACCGUCCAAGCCUUGAUUAUCUUGUGUACAGGUCUAACUCAUAGAAAUUAAAACUUUUUGCUGCCUGAAAGGAUUAUGCAACUUAAGACUUGAGAGAUUAAAGUACAUUUUGGUUCAUCCAAAUAUCCAAUGGAGUGUUGGGAGCAGAAGUAAUUCAGAAGAACUUUCAGAAAAAACAUUUGGUGAUUAUGGAGUGUAACAGAGAUGAGGCUCAAAGGGCCAGAUCAAUUGCUGAGGCAAAGUUAGAGCAGAGAGAUUUCGUCGGUGCAAAAAAGUUUGUCUUCAAAGCACAAGCGUUGUAUCCAGGGCUAGAAGGACUUCCCCAGUUGUUAACAAUUCUUGAUGUGUAUAUUUCUGCAGAAAAUAAGAUAAGUGGAGAAACUGAUUGGUAUGGAGUGCUGGGGGUGAGCCCCACCGCAGAUGAUGAAACUGUUAGGAAACAAUAUAGGAAAUUGGCUCUUAUACUUCACCCCGAUAAAAACAAAUUUCCUGGUGCUGAUGGGGCAUUUAAACUCCUGUCAGAAGCUUGGAGCUUGUUGUCUGAUAAAGCUAAACGGUUAAUGUAUAAUCAGCGGAGAACAUCAACUAGAGGUCAUCAACAAAAACCUCCAGUGCAUUCUAGCGGUGGCCCCACACGAACGAAUGGCAUUUAUAAUAAUCUCAGUGGUGGUGCUCGGAUGGCACCCACUUCUGUCCGUCCUCCAUCGAAACCAAGAAUCGACACCUUCUGGACCCUUUGCCUCCGGUGCAACAUGCACUAUGAGUAUCUGAAAGUAUAUCUUAACCAAACACUACUUUGUCCCAAUUGUCGUCAGGCCUUUAAGGCCACACAGAUGCCUCCACCUAAUUCAGCCCCUCGAUCACAGCAGUCGAAUCCAGGAAGAAAUGUUGGACCAGGCAGACCGCCAACUGGGGGUCUUAGUUCUGCCAACCACCCAAACUUCCAGCGAGGCCCACUCUCUGGAAUGGCUGAUCCUUCAAUUGCGGCUAAGGCAGCAAACGUCGUACAGCUGGCGCAUGAGAGAAUGAAAAGGGAGCGUGAGGGUUCGCAAAAUGCUACUUAUAACUCUGGUUUUAAAAACGAAACUUCCAAUAAAAAGGCAAGACUGAGUGAGGAGAUUAACCGUUUCGUCUCAAAUCCAGUCCAUAACUUUUCAGGUCGGCAUUCUAGAGAGUUGACCCCAUAUGAGACCACCAAGAUGCUGAUGGUGAAAGCCAAGACAGAGAUUCUCAAAAAGAUGAACGAGUGGAAAUCAGAAACCAUGCACAAGUCGGCUCCAGAUAAGGAGAAGUUUAAAGACAAAAAGAACGGAAAAGAAAAGAUUGAUAAUAUGAAUGAGAAAUCCAAUCAGUCUUUCGUGAGAGAAGCAGAGAAUUUGAAAUCUUCUGCCUCUGAUGAUGAUGAAGUGGGCAAGGAAAAGGAAGAUCCUGCAAUGGCAAGUAUGAGUGUUCCAGAUCCCGAUUUUCACAAUUUUGACCUGGAUCGAACUGAAAGCUGUUUUAAAGAGAAGGAAGUUUGGGCUGCUUAUGAUGAUGAUGAUGGAAUGCCCCGUUUCUAUGCCAUGAUACAUAAAGUUAUGUCAGUCAAGCCGUUCAAGCUGAAACUCAGUUGGCUUAACUCAAAAACCAAUGCUGAAUUCGGCCCCUUGGGAUGGGUUGCUUCAGGUUUCUACAAAACGUGUGGUGAAUUCAGAGCAGGCAGAGCUGAACAGAGCAGGUCUAUUAAUUCUUUCUCACAUAAGGUUAAGUUUUCGAAAGGACCCCACGGAACUAUUCACAUUUUCCCGCAGAAAGGGGAGGUUUGGGCCCUCUUCAGAAACUGGUCUCCCGAUUGGAACGAACAUACCCCUGAUGAGGUGAUUCACAAGUAUGACAUGGUGGUGGUGGUCGAUGACUAUGAUAGUGAUAAGGGAAAGGGUGUGUCAGUUUCCCCACUUGUGAAGGUCAGCGGUUUCAAGACGGUGUUUCAUCCCCAUCUCGACCCUGGAAAAGUAAAACUAAUACCAAAAGAAGAGAUGUUUCGCCUCUCUCAUCAGGUUCCAAGCCAUUUGCUUACGGGUCAAGAAGGUCAGAAUUGUCCAAAGGGAUACAUAGAGCUGGACCCGGCCGCUACUCCGUUGGAACUUCUUCAGGUAACAACAGCAGAUGAUGUUAAUGUGGUGCCAACAGUGGAGAAGAUUGGAGACAUUAUGGGAGAUGUGAUGGAAGUGAAAAGUUAGAGUGGUAAAUCACAUAGAUAUUUUUUGCAACUGAAUUUGUAGCUAUUAGGUGUUCUUUUGGUUGUUUUGAAGAAAUGACUGUAGUUGAAGGAGAUUAUAUUUGGCGCUGAAGCAUGGGAAAAGAAAAAGGAAAACAAGAUUGAUUUUGUUGUGGCUAGAGGUAACUCUUAAUGCCAUGAUGUUUUCACACUCUUAAGAUGGUAACAGAUGACUGUUCUUUAAGUUUUAUUGUGAAGGCCUUUUGACAAUAUGGUAAAACAAGUUGAUGUUUUGACCAAUUACAUAUAGGUUACUUUUUGCCAGUCACAAAACAGCACAGUUCACUACAUUAUGCUUCCGCACAUUCAUGAUCAUUUUUUUUAAUUUAGUUUAUUAAUUCAAUUAGUACAAUUUUGGGUAUAUAAA